GGGACGCGGGUAAUCUCGGCGUCCGGCUCACCUCAACGGCCUCGGCCUCUCCCUCCGCAGAGUAUCCUUUUCCCCACCCGCCGCAAAACCCUCGCGGACCUGAAGAAUCCCUAGAGAAGAGAUGGCCCCCGGCGGCGGCGGCGGCGGAGCUGGCGCCAAGGGUGGUGGUGGGAGGAAGCGCAAGUUCCUUCCCCACGGGAAGCCGGUGCGGAAGGGGGCGUACCCGCUCCGCCCCGGCGUGCAGGGCUUCUUCAUCACCUGCGACGGCGGCCGGGAGCGCCAGGCCACCCGCGAGGCCCUCUCCCUCCUCGACUCCUUCUAUGAAGACCUGGUGGAUGGGAAAGGAUCGGAUGAGAAACCCAAAGGCAUUCCUGACAAGCCACUGAACAAAAAGAUAAAGUUUGAGGACUCUGAUUCCUCAGAUGAUGAGGAUGAAGACCAUUCAGGUGAGGAAGCUGACAAUGGGAAUGGGAAUGAUGUGGAGAAAGGUGAAAAUGCUCCAGCCGAGCAGGAACAGGAGGUACUUAACACCUCUGUACCUGCCAGUAAGGAUGAUGAGGAACAAGCAGGCACUGCUGAAGAACCAAAAGAAAAGAAGCAACGUGUGGAAGACCCUCCAGUUUCUGAACAGAUAGAACACAAGGAGACUGCUGAUGAACCAAAGGAGUCUACUGAUAAACCAAAAGAGUCCACUGAUAAGCCAAAAGAGUCCACUACUAAGCAAAAAGAGUCCACUGAAAGAAACAUUGAUGAUUUAAUUGACGAAGACUUGAAAGAACUGGGAGACAGGAAAAAGAGGCUCUUUGCAAGCCUUGACUCAGGCUGCAAUGGUUGCAUAUUCAUUCAAAUGCAUAAACGAGCAGGAGACCCUGGUCCAGUUGAGAUUGUACAAAACAUGAUGUCAUCGGCUGUUUCAACUCGUAAACAUAUGUCAAGAUUUAUUCUGCGUGUUUUGCCUGCUGAGGUUGCAUGCUAUGCAUCUGAAGAGGAAAUAUCAAAAGCAAUUAGUCCCCUUGUUGAAAAGUACUUCCCAACAGAAUGCCCUUCAGGUCAUAAGUUUGCAGUGUUAUAUGAAGCAAGGUCCAACACAGGAAUUGAUAGAAUGAAAAUUAUAAAUGCAGUAGCGAAAUCUGUACCGCAACCUCACAAAGUUGACCUGAAAAAUCCGGACAAAACUAUUAUUGUCCAGAUUGCAAAGACCAUAUGCAUGAUCGGAGUUGUCGAAAGAUACAAAGAGCUCGCGAAGUUCAACCUAAGGCAGCUGACCUCAUCAGAGUCGGAGAAGUAGCCUCUAGGCGACAAAAUCUUCCAGGCAACAUCUGGACCGACUUAAAUCUGCUGCAGCAUCUGGUAGUUAGGCGUUAGCUAAUUAUUAGGUUACCAAAAGAUCCAGAUGUACUGUCUUGUUGGCCUGUGAGGUCUUUGAAAAGCCUUUCCGAAAUCUUUAUUGCUCCCCAGCGCAACAACCUUGGUCAGCAGAGAUCUGGAGUUGUACGAUGAUGGGUUGUCACCACGGGUGGUUAGUGGUUGCCGGUUGGUUCAUCUUUAUGCAUCCUUGUUUUGAGUUCUGAGAUUUUUAAGGCAAUAGAAAAAACUGAUGUGUAAUCUGUCUUUGAUGCUGCUUCUUUUUCUGAACCUUUAUAGUGGUUGAAUAAGUCUUUGUGCAAGGUUCUAUACGUGGAACCUGGAAUUUUAAAAGGUGAGAACCGAUGAUUUUUCUUAUGGAAGAUUCAGCCAGUC